UGUUUCAUUCAUUUCAUUUUUGUAUCUUCCAUUCCAAAAAAAUAAAUGAUUUUAUUUCAAUAAAAAAACAUAACAUUUUGACAUUGAAAAAUUGAAAAAUGUCGACAAUUUUAAAAUUUAGUUCGAUGCUGACAAUCCUGUUCCUAUUCAUAAUCGAUGAUGGGAUUAUGUCAAUGACUAAUGAAAAACUUUCUUGCAUUCCUAAAUGGUUUCAUAAACGACAUAGUUUUGUUUGUGUUUGUAAUGCUACACAUUGUGAUUCGUUUGAUGAUGAUGAUAAAAUAUCAAAAAAAUCAAAAAUCAUUACUAUGUUUACUAGUGAUUCACAUUCAGAUCGUUUUGUACGUAGUGAACAUAGUUUUGAAAAUGUUAAUACAUUAAGAGCUGGACAAACAAUAAAAAUUAAUCAUAAUAAAACAUAUCAAACAAUUAUUGGUUUUGGUGCAGCAUUUACUGAUGCUACUGGUGUUAAUCUGGGAAAAUUAAACGAAAAAUUAGCUGAAAAUGUUUUAUAUGAUUAUUUUAGUUCAAGAGGUUUACGAUAUUCAAUGGGUAGAGUACCGAUAGGUGGUACAGAUUUUUCUACCAGACCAUAUUCAUAUGAUGAACUUGGUCCUAAAAUUCAUGAGGAUUUUAAUUUAACAUAUUUUAAAUUGGCCAAUGAAGAUUUUAAAUAUAAAAUUCCAAUGGUUAAAUUGGCACAAAAUAUUAGUCAUUAUCCAAUCAAAUUAUUUGCAUCACCAUGGAGUCCACCAGCAUGGCUUAAAACUAAUGAUCAUUUAAAUGGUCUUGGAAGAAUUAAAGGAAAACCAGAUGGAAUUUAUUAUGAAACAUAUGCAGUAUAUUUGAUAAAAUUUUUACGUGAAUAUCAAAAACAAGGUAUUGAUUUUUGGGGAAUGACCAUUCAAAAUGAACCUAUUGAUGGAACAAUACCAAAAUUUAAAUUUAAUUGUAAUGCAAUGUCACCAGAAGAACAACGUGAUUUUAUUAGUGAAACAUUAGGACCAUUAUUAAGUGCAUCCGGAUUUGGUAUUGAUAAACUUAAACUUAUUAUUAUGGAUGAUCAAAGACCAUUUAUUGAAAAAUGGGCUAAUGUUAUUUUAGCUGAUGAACGUGCAAAUAAAUAUGUUUCGGGUAUUGGUUUUCAUUGGUAUAUGAAUUCAUUUACAUCACCCGAUGUUGUUACGAAAACACAUCAAAAAUUUCCAAACUAUUUUCUAUUAUCAACCGAAGCUUGUGAAGGUUCUAGUCCUUUUGAAUUGGAAAAAGUUUCAUUUGGUAAUUGGGAUCGUGCUCAAUCAUAUGCCUAUGAUAUUAUUCAGGAUUUAAAUCAUUAUACAAAUGGUUGGAUCGAUUGGAAUAUGGCACUUGAUCAUGAAGGUGGUCCUAAUUGGGUGAAAAAUUUUGUCGACUCUCCGAUCAUUGUCAGCGAAGAUGGUAGCGAAUAUUAUAAACAACCAAUGUAUUAUUCAUUAGCACAUUUUACAAGAUUUAUUGAACCUGGAUCGAAACGUUUAGAUAUAGAAAUACAACAUGAAUAUUUAAAUAUGGUUGCUUUUGAAACACCAAACAAUGCAACAGUAUUGAUUGUUAUGAAUCGUAAUAAUCAUCAAGUACCAUUAAAAAUUCAUGAUGAUAAAUAUGGAAUUUUUUCACAUGAAAUUAAAGCUCAUUCAAUCAAUACAUUAGUAUGGUAUUCUUCAACAAAAACAGUCAAAAUGUUCCCUUUGACUUAUCAAAAUGCUCAAGAGAAUCAAGAAUCGAAGAAAUUAUCGGUAUUCAAUCAAAUUCUAUCAAAAUUGAUUAAAAAUGCUACUUGUCAUUCAGAACUUUUAUUUACAAUCAAACGUGCAAAUCGUGACAAACUUCGUGAGAUAUUUGUCAAAUUUGCUUCGAUCGAAAAAAAUGGUAAACGAUAUAUGACAAAAGAGGAUUUUAUUCGUCGUUAUCUAGGUUUAUAUACGGAAGAUAAUUUCAAUCCCAGAACGGUAAAUAUACUUGGCGGUGUACUUGACACAUCUAAAGACGGUCUUAUUUCCUUUCAAGAGUUUGAAGCUUUUGAAGCAGUUUUAUGUAGUCCAGAUGCAAUCUAUAUGACUGCAUUUCAAUUAUUUGACACUAAUGGUUCAGGUUCAAUAACAUAUGAUGAAUUUGAAGAAAUAAUCAAAAGUACAAUUUUCCAUCAAAAAAUUCCAUUCGAUUUUAAAUCGGAUUUUGUUCGACUUCAUUUUGGUGAAAAACAUACACGUACUAUUUCAUAUUCGGAAUUUUCUCAAUUAUUACAUGAUUUUCAUGAAGAACAUGCCAUACAAGCAUUUAAAUCUCGAGAUCAACAAAAACAAGGAGUUAUUUCAGCAUUGGAUUUUUCCGAAAUAAUGAGUAAUUGUAAAAGACAUUUGCUUUCCGAUGAUGUUCGAAGAAAUUUGGUUGCAUCGGCCAGUUCAACUGCUGGUGGUCAUCAGGUUUCAUUUCCAUAUUUUAUGGCAUUCAAUACAUUGUUAAAUAAUAUGGAACUUAUUAAGCGAAUAUUUCUUACAUUUACCAAAAACAACUACCAAAUGGAAAUGACUAAAGAAGAAUUUUUUGCUGCUUCACAACAAAUGUGCCAAAUUACACCAUUGGAAAUUGAUAUUUUAUUUCAGCUUGUCAGUCAUCUAAGACAGCCAAAUGGUCGAAUAAAUUAUGAUGAUUUAGAACGUUUAUCACCAAAACAUGGCAAACAAUAUAUUUCGAGAUUUGAUGCUUCUUCAAAAUCUCAACCUGCUAGUAGUCAACAAGAAUCUCGAAGUAUUGGUAUUCAAAUGCUUGAAAGUAUUUAUCGAUUUACAUUAGGUUCAAUUGCCGGUGCUACUGGCGCUACAGUUGUUUAUCCGAUCGAUUUGGUAAAAACUCGAAUGCAAAAUCAACGUACUGGUUCAAUAAUCGGUGAAUUAAUGUAUCGAAAUAGUUGGGAUUGUUUCAAUAAAGUUGUUAGACAUGAAGGAUUUGGUGGCCUAUAUCGUGGCCUAUUACCACAAUUAGUUGGUGUUUGUCCGGAAAAAGCUAUCAAAUUAACAAUGAAUGAUUUUGUUCGUGAUAAAUUGACCGGUAAAAAUGGUGAAAUUACUAUUGGAUCAGAAUUUAUUGCUGGUGGAAGUGCCGGUGCAUCACAAGUUAUGUUUACAAAUCCAUUGGAAAUAGUAAAAAUUCGUUUACAAGUUGCCGGCGAAAUUACAUCAGGACCAAAGGUUAGCGCCAUUGGUGUCAUAAGAGAAUUAGGUAUUCGUGGUUUAUACAAAGGAUCUUCAGCUUGUUUUUUGCGUGACAUACCUUUUUCAGCCAUUUAUUUUCCUGUUUAUGCACAUUGUAAACUUAAGUUUGCCGAUGAAAAAGGUCAUAAUAGUCCAUUAUCAUUAUUGACAUCUGCUGUCAUUGCUGGUGUUCCAGCUGCAUAUCUGGUAACACCGGCUGAUGUGAUCAAAACCAGGCUACAAGUAGCAGCCAGAGCUGGUCAAACCACUUAUUCUGGAAUUUUGGAUGCUACAAGAAAAAUUUUCAAAGAAGAAGGUGGUUCAGCAUUUUGGAAAGGAGGUCCAGCACGUGUAUUUCGUAGUGCACCACAAUUUGGUUUUACAUUAUUAACCUAUGAACUUUUACAACGUUUCUUCUAUGUUGAUUUUGGUGGUCGUCGACCGGCUGGUUCAACUGAACCAAUUAAAAAACCAUUAUUAGAAACAUCACAUAAUCCUAGUCAUGUUGGUGGCUAUCAAAUUGCUUUAUCAACUUUUAUUGGAAUGGAAUCUAAAUUUGGAUUAUAUUUUCCUAAAUUUAAAUCCAAUGUUGCUUCGUAAAUCUUUUUGACUGUUGUUGAUUAUUUUUUUUUUGCUAAAUCGAUCUUCCAAUCUUUAGAUUUAUGUUAAAUCAAUUGAAAACAAAC